AUGGCUUCGUUCAAAACAUGGGUGCCAGGUGUCGAACCUGACAGCGAUUUCUCCCUGGCCAACAUCCCCUUUGGCAUAAUCACUACACCUGACGACGGCGAUCCACAUGCAGCGACGGCCAUCGGCAGUCAUAUUCUCGAUCUCAAGGUUCUCUCCCAGCAGUCAGGCUUUGGCGCGGUCUUCCCCUUCUUGAAAGACCGCACAGAUGUCUUCGCCUCGCCUUUUCUCAACUCGCUUGCCGCACUCGGCCGCCCAGUCCAUCGAGAACUGAGGAGCACCCUUCAGGAUCUCCUUUCCGAGGACACAAGGCAUCCAGAGUUCCUCAGAGACAAUGCUGCACUGCGUGAGAGGGCCCUCCUUCCUAUGGCCAGGGUACAGACCCGCCUGCCCAUGGAGAUUGGCGACUAUACCGACUUUUACGCCGGCUACCACCACGCCUUUGGCGUCGGCAGCAUGUGGCGUGGCCCUGCCAAUGCCCUGCAGCCCAACUACCUUCACCUUCCCGUCGGCUAUCACGGUCGCGCCUCCAGCAUUGUUGUUUCGGGAUCCCCGAUCGUCCGGCCCAAGGGCCAGAUCAUUGUCGACCCGGCCGCUGAGGGACCUAAGCAGCCUGUGGUCGCGCCCUCCAGAAGGCUGGACAUUGAGCUGGAGCUAGGGUGCUUUGUGGGGCGCGGCAAUACGAUAGGCACGAGCAUCGACGUCAACAGGGCGGAGGAGGAUCACAUCUUUGGCUACGUACUUGUGAACGACUGGAGCGCGAGGGAUAUCCAGAACUGGGAGUACGUGCCACUUGGCCCGUUCAAUGGGAAGAACUUCGCCACUACCAUCAGCCCGUGGGUGGUCACACCCGAUGCGCUGAAGCCGUUCAGGACUACUGGGAUCCACGUGGAGAACAGGCCUGAGGUGCACGAGUAUCUGCAUGAGGAGAGCAAGGACAACGUGUUCGAUAUUGAGUGUCAUAUUGAUCUGACUACUCCGGAAGGUGACACUACCAACCUAUCCAAGGUGUCAUCCAAAAAUCUCAUAUGGUCAUUCCCUCAAAUGCUGGCCCACCACACCUUGGGCGGCUGUCCCAUGCGCACAGGUGACAUGAUCGCCUCUGGCACCAUCAGCGGUACGGGGCCCUCUGAGUACGGCAGCCUGCUUGAGAUGAACCAGGGCGGGAAGAAGGAGAUCCUGCUCUAUGGAAUGGACGCCCGCAAGUUCCUCAAGGAUGGUGACACCGUCACCUUUAGAGCAUCAGCUGGUGAGCCAGGCCAAAAGGUCGGCUUCGGCAAGUGCAGCGGGAGAAUCUUUGGCAGAGCUGCCUAGUAAUAAUAAGAUCCCUGACAGAAGGCGCCCAAAGGACUGAGUGGACCUCGACGAUCCGUGUUUUUGCCCUGCUUUGAUGAAGGAGGCGAGCACAAUAUAAACUAUUUGCAUGUGUUUGCACAUUCAC